AUGCCAUAUUUCAGUGGAACAUUAAUUAGGGUAGUUCCUGAAAAAGCCUUUGAAGCUUUUCCUCUUGUUUCAAGAAUAUUUUUUAGAUAUUUGGACGAAAGUCCUUGUUUACUUGAGAAGUUAACACCUUCCUGUUUUGAUGAUUUAAAUUUCCUAAAAGUGAUACAUAUACUUCACAGUGGGUUGACAAGUGUACCAAAUUUUGAGAAUUUUGUUACUGUCAAUAAAGACCAGAAUGGUUUAAUAGAUGAAAUUGACCUGUCUAAUAAUCGAAUAGAAGAAAUAAAAGAACAUGCAUUUCUCAGUGUGAAAGUAAAUAUACUGACACUAGACAACAACAAGUUGAGAAAGAUCUACGAUGGCGCAUUCUUUAAAUCGCAGGUAAAAACCCUAGAUCUGUCCAGGACCUCUAUUGAAAGCUUACCAAGGAAAGGAUUGGCGAGUAUAGUUAAGCUACGCUUGAUAGGUACUAAAUCGUUGAGGCAGUUUCCUCCUGUUAUACAUUUUAACCGAAUUCAAAUGGCACAACUCUAUUAUCCGCACCAUUGCUGCUUCUUCAAAAAUCCAGAAAAGCAAAAUCCAACUGAAUGGAGAGCUUACAUAGAGUUCCAGAGACGUAUCCAACAAGAAUGCUCCAUCCCAUCGUUCAGUUCCACAGAGACACCCAUUAAGUCCGACAGAAACGUUGUUGAGUCAUCUACGUAUGAAUCUUUGCACGACAAAAGAUUUAAAAGAGAUAUGUUUUCUAGUCAUUUUAUAUAUAAUGAUACAUAUGAAGAGGUGUGGAAUGAUAAUCUUGGAUUUGGAAAUCCUGCUUUUGUCAAUAAAUCAAAAUACCAUGCUUCAAAUUUUGAAACGGAAGGUAAUAUCGGAUAUUUUGAUGAUAUACCGUCUAAUGUAUCUCAUCCUCAUGCGUUCUGUGGACAAGUUGUGAAGGAUUAUCGUCAAGUUAUCUGUACACCAGAACCCGAUGCAUUUAACCCUUGUGAAGAUCUAAUGGGUUAUGAUUGGUUACGUAUAUUUGUGUGGAUAAUAGUUCUUGCUUCUUUAUUUGGAAAUUCUGUCGUUCUUAUCGUUUUGAUCAAAAGUAGGAGUAAACUGAAUGUAACGAAAUUUCUGAUGUGUAAUUUAGCGUUUGCAGAUCUAAUGAUGGGUAUCUAUUUGUUACUUCUUGCAUCAAUUGAUGCACACACUCUGAACGAGUACUUUAAUUAUGCUGUUAUUUGGCAAAACGAAGGUGGGUGCCAAGCAGCAGGAUUUCUAUCCGUAUUUUCAUGUGAACUGUCAAUAUUUACACUGACCAUAAUUACUCUUGAAAGAUGGUAUGCCAUUAGUCACGCUAUUCACCUUACUAAACGUUUGCGUAUUAGACAGGCAAUGAUUUUUAUGGCUUUUGGUUGGCUAUAUUCUUUAUUUAUGGCACACCUGCCUUUAGUAGGCAUAAGCAGUUAUGGGCAUGUAAGCAUUUGUCUUCCAAUGAAAGUUGAGGAUGCUAUUGACAUUACUUAUGUCGUUUCCCUCCUUGUUGUAAAUGGAGUGGCCUUCUUAUGUAUCUGUGGUUGCUACAUAAAUAUGUAUUGCAAAGUGAGAGGAAGCCAUACAAAUGUUCGUAACAACGAUGCUACAAUUGCUAAACGUAUGGCAAUGCUCGUCUUUACAAACUUUGCUUGUUGGGCUCCUAUUGCUUUUUUCGGUCUUACUGCGUCUGCAGGACUCCCGUUGAUUGACAUAACAAAUUCAAAAAUUUUAUUAGUGUUUUUCUAUCCAUUAAAUUCUUUUGCAAAUCCAUAUUUGUAUGUCAUUAUAACGAAGCAAUUUCGAAAAGAUUUAUACAUCCUGCUUGGAAAAUACGGUAUAUGCACAGAAAGAGCUAACCGAUACAGAGUAACUUUCACAAGCAAUUCAAGGAACAGCUUAGCAAACAGAAAUGGAAUUAAAAGUAAGUGUACUUCAUCUACAGGUAAACCUUUAUUCUCAAGGUCGCCAUCGAAUAGCGAAUCAAAUUGUUCCACGUCAACUUUUCUUCACAAUACUGUCAAACAACCAUCUAUAAGAAUAGAUUGCAAAGCAGUCGACAAAAUACUAAAUGAAUCUUCCGAUGGACAAACAGAAAGGCGUUUACGUUCUCCUCCUCCUUAUAUCCGCAGUGCUAGUGAGUAUGUUGUGUUUUUUCCUCCUCCUAGAAGAGACAGCUAUCCAAAAUACAAAUACCAUAGCGGGAGGCACAUAAAUGUAGAUACGAGCUUAAAUGGUAAUUUCACGGACACAGCAAUCGCUUCUAUGAGCGAUGAUAAUCCAUGGGUUCUUCAGAAGUGUGUAACUUUAGCAGACUCUGAACAGCCACAUGCUAUAAACCCUAUAGACGAAGAAAUAUUAGAGGAAUACGAGACAACAAAGUUAGCAGAUGUUCAAAUAUUGACUGAUGUAACCGGAAAUGACAAUAUUCAAAAUAAAGCUAGAGGUGACACAAUAGAUAAUGAAUGUGACGAUGAUAAUAUUCAACAGACAUUAUUGAAACAUUGUACUUUAAGAGAGUCUCCAGUUCCGGUGAUGGAUAGAAAAUGUCCUAGUGAUUCUAUAUUAUCUGAUAUCGCUAGAGAUCAUUAUUAUGAACUAAACAACAUGGUGACAAGUCCGUCUAAAAGUAGUCCGGUUCUAGAUGAAAUAGAUGACAGACGCGUUAUAUUUGAAUGAAUGGGUCAUGAAAUAUAAGUGUCUUACGAUAAUUUGUUAAAACAAAACGAGUCUAUACCUAACCUUGAGUAAAGCGUCUUUACUAACUUCUCUUUUUUUUAAUCAUUGUUUUAUUGCCCAUUUACAUUUGUCUGACUACAGUCUCUGAAAUUAACUUAUCUGUUUCAUAAUUGAAUUCAGUAUAUUCGAUUAUAAAAUUGAAAAUAAAACAAUUAAAAUACAAAUAUACAUUUUCCAUAAAAGUAGACUUAAAUUAAGAUAGACCAGAUAUAAACUUCAUCCACGGAAUGAAACUAUUCUUUAGAAUUAUGUAUUUAUUUUGACAGUACGUUGUAUUCACUUUCUUC